GUUUCUCAAUAAAUAUAAAUCGUGACACUGUUUCUCAAAGAACACUGGUGAUCUCAGUAUGGAGAACGGAGAAGCUUCAUUGAUCACUUGCUUGCCUUUCAAGGAACAAAAGCCCAUGCAAAAACCUAACUUGGCGGUGAAGCAACGAAAUGGGAGAAAACAACAAAACCCUAAAACCACCAAAGGUCGACAGAGGAUAGAGAUCAAGGAGAUCCAAGAAGAGAACCGAAGGCAAGUGACGUUUUCGAAACGCCGAACCGGACUUUUCAAAAAAGCAGCCGAACUAAGCGUCCUCUGCGGCGCACAGAUUGGUAUCAUAACGUUUUCACGUUGCGAAAGGAUCUACGUGUUUGGUAACGUGAACACACUCAUCGAAAGUUACUUGCGUAAAACUCCGGUGAUGCUAAGGUCUUAUUACGGCGGUGAUGUGGCAGCCGGAGUGGAUGGAGAUGGUCCGAUGUGGUGGGAGAGGGCGGUGGAAAGCGUGCCGGAGGAAGAGAUGGAUGAGUACAUGAAGGGGUUGAAUGGUUUAAGGGAGAAUUUGUGGACAAGGAUCUGCGAGAUGGGUGGUGAUCCAACGGUCCAGAUGAAUGCUCAGAUAUGUCCAGAUCUGAUGGCUCCGGUUAACUGGAAACUGAUGGAUGAGAAUCUGGCGGUUAGGAACGAUCAAGGUCAAGCAGGUUAUGAUGGAUAUUAAGGCUUACAGGCGGUUCAGUUUAUGUCUCAAAGCCAUAGACAAUGAAGAGUGCAAAUGAUCAUUUUCCAUUAUCUUCUAAAAUAGUAAAAUUUUAGAGAAAUUUAAAGUUCCACCAUUUUGUUAUUCUACGUGUGGUUUAUAUUAACAAUUUGGUUGAGUUUCUUUUUAUUGUGAUCUUGAAAUUAGUAUGGAGUCUAAGCAGGUUCAAAGUAGAGGUUUUUUUUCCAAGUAGUAUAAUCUGAGAGUUAUUUAGAAAUUAUGACACAUAUUAAAGAAAACCAAAGAUUAAUUAGUAGAUUAUAAGAGAUAAAAGAUGGAAACAUAUGAUCAUUUUAGAAAAUGUUUACAAUAUCAUCUAUGAAAGAGUAAUCAAAAUUAAAUUAAUUUAUGAAUCAAAGUUCAGUUAAAUUCAACUGCUGAACUAUUUUGCCAAAUCACAAGUGCCUGAUUAGACAAUCAUAGACAGAGAUUGAUCACACUUUAAAAGUCUCUCUACAGGUCAUUGAGCUCAGCUUCAAGGGAUCACACUGCUUUCUUCAUCACAAAACUCGUCCAUGAAGCUUUUAUGGAACUCUGUAAAACGGUUCACUAUCGCCUUCUUAAACGCCUGGAACAUGGCACUUCAGAUGCACAAUCUGGUGCUGUCUAUGCAGCCUCUACAGCUUCAAUAGCCUUUCUAGGAAGAUUAAUCCAAGGAAAAGAGAUACAUAGCUCCUUCAGCUUUGUUACAUGUUACACCUUCCAAGUUGUUAAGACACUAGUGUUCACAUUCAUUGUUCAAGCUUAUGAACAUAUACACAAAGAGACUAAAAACAUUGUACCCUAAGGUUAGUGUAAUCUCUUUACUAACCUUUGCAAGUUUAGCCACUUAAGAGAGAAUACCACCUCUUUCUACCAUGUAUGAGUCAUAAGAGUCGUCUCCAGGCUGAUCAAAUAUUUAAAAGACUGAUUAUUAGUCCUUUAUUCAGGUGCAAGAAGUUAGCGAAAACCGGUUAAGAGAGUACCUUGGGUGGGCUCAUGAAAAGGCUAGUAAGAACUUGACCAGAGAUGUUAGAACAAAGAUUCACAGA